UUUAUGUUUUAUCGCUAUAUUAAAUCCUCUCAUUUUUCCUUCUUCCGUGUUCGGUCCCAUUUUAUGCUUAUUUUCCUAAAAGGCAAUUCGAAACUUUACCACAAUCCUUCCAUUCAAAAUGUGCCACCAUUAUGCUUUAUCGGAGAGCACGCUCUUAGAAAGUCGUUGGCUUUUGUUAUAAGCUUUUCAUCCAAGUUAUGCUUCCAAAAGAGGAAAGCAGCGCCGUGAAUAAACAUCAAAAAUGGGUAUGAGAAAUGUAGGAAUAUUUUGUGUUC